AAUUCUAAGUAAUAAAUAACCGCUUUUGUCGCAAAAAGCAACGCCUUUUUCGCUACUCGCUAUCUAUGGCUCAAUAGAUAGUGAGUACGGGAGCCUAUCAGAUUGCGAGAUUCGUGAUAGUAUGUGAGUGGAUUUAUACUAAAAAUAAAUAUAUAGAGAGAAGUCGAGUGAUAAGGAAUGUUGUGAGGGCUUGUCUUGGCGUCGUUUACAGCUCAUUGAUUGGUCAAGUGCAACCGAACCGUCAAAACUGUCAAUUUUUUCCGAUGUGGAAAAAAAUCUGAUUGUCAACCAGCAUCUUGAAAGGACGACAAGAAAACCCUCAAAACUUGUACUUCCUGCCUAGAACGAGUUUAGUAAAAACUACAUAGAUGCGACAGUUAAACCUUUAGCCCUGGUACACCUAAUUAAAAUGUCCAGUAGUUGUGAGAAUAUACUUAAUGAUCAAAUGUUGCCGAUCAGCUGUCAUUUAAUAAAGCACGGUGAUUGGCUGUAUUCUUCGGUUCCAUUAGAUGAUUCAAAGGCGUGUUUUGGAGUCAUGUUGUCAAUCAUUUAUUGCACUUCUUGUGGCUACUCUCUAACAGCCAAUCAGAAUGGAGAUUUCCAAUGACAGGUUAAUUAAAGCCGACGCUACUGAAAAUGGAAGAACUCCAAAAUACCGUCAGCUCAAGGGCGUGGAAAUAUCUUAGGCUUAAGCUUUUUUUAAUAAUAUCACACUUCGUAUGUUAGCUUGCUUAAAAUUUCCUCUUUUCUGAUACUUUUGGGACGUUUCCGUCUUCAAUGUUUGUUCGCGAUUAAAAAUUCAAAAUGAAUUAUUAGUCAAAAAUUCCUGCUGAGUUGUCCCUUAUUAUUUUACUUCUGACAAUAAGAAUAAUAUAACAGAUGAAUGGGAAAAGGUAUUCCACACCUGCCUUAUAAAACCGAAUUGAAAAAACAACUUAUGUCUCGAAACCUAGAAUCCAAAUGUGGUUGGUAAAUUUAUUAUAUUUUUUCACGCACCCGAAACCUUAAAAGACCUACAGAGUUUUCCUUAACCGAGAGUUUAAACACUUUGACUGGGCGGUUAAGCGCUACUAUCAGCUCUGUACCUUUAUAAAAAAGCAAAUCCGUCGUCUACAAAUAAAUUGCUAUCGUAAUUCUCACGCAGUAAAUUGAAUAGUUUAACUUCUCCCACGAUUUCUCAAGACCUUAUAGAAAUGUUUUUUCGCGUCUCAACCUAUAAAUUCAAAUGUUUUGCUUUUAUAAUUAGAGACCAAGCUAAACAGAAAUACGCUAGCUUCACAAUACGAGCCCGACAAUGCGUUAAUUUUUAAACAACUAGAAGUAGAGUGUGAGAGAAAUUAGUUUGUCGCUGCUGCUAGGUACUCAUUCAAAAGUCUAAAGUCAAAGAUAUAACUUUGGAUAGAACAACGCUAAUUCGUCUCGCUUUAAGCCGACAAGGAAAUCAAGUCUCCUGACUUAUAAUACCGAUAGCCUUUAUAUUUUUCCAUUGUUAAUUGAUAAUUCAUCUUUGAAAGCAAGUGUGAAAAUCAGGGAAGUUUAGGUUAAUAUCAAGAUUAGCAUGGUACAUGUAUUCUAAGGAGAUCGGCUUUCGGUUCUUAAAGGGAAAAUUUAACUUUCCUUUGUUAGAGUUGCCUUAGUUUUGUAUCGUAAACUUGACAUUCCUAGACAUUCCCCAAAAUAACAUUGCAAUGAGCUGUCUUUCUAAUGAGAAGCACCCGAUAAUAAAUUCACCCUAGAAAAAUCUAUUAGUUCGAUCUGAAUAAUUUCUCAUCCACUUUUUACAGUUCUUUUGUUAUUGUUUUCCGAAAAUUAAGAGUUCUCGCAUAUCAGGGAACAGUAGAGGAAUCAUCGGGGUUGCGUGAGGCGAUAGAGAGUUGAAGUCGGUGAACGCUAUGUUUUUCGUUGUCAUUUAGUUCGGGAGAUAUGGGAAGGUAUGGGUCAAAAGAAGAGAGAGUUCGAGGCAGGUGCUAUUGUGGUUCACGACCCAUAGCAACUGCGUAUUACCAGAUGGUAGUAUUAUACGUAAUAACUCCCCAAACCCUUAGAAUGCUACUCAAGUUAUUUUGCCCCAAUAUUUAUAUUUCAUGAUUUCGGGGUUUUAGGGUCUUUGUACGGAAUAAGGCAAAGACUGCCGAGCAUUGCUUUUAUCUCUUGCGAUAAAACAUUGUACAGUUAAGGGCUUCACAAAUAUGCGCCUCGGCUAUUUGCAUUCCCAGUGGGAACCUGAGGACAAUCCUGUGCUACGGUGGCACUGGGUCCACUUGGGAACUUUUGUGUUGCCAUCUCCUCUUCUCCGUCGAGCUUCUCUUCGAAGCUGGAGCCUUAGAGCAGGACUGGUUGUCGGAGCCGUGCUUAAGAAUUCGGGGGUGUUAAGCGGCUGAAGCAAAAACUUUGUGAUAAGACCACCGUACACGAUUCUCCGCAACACUAGGAAUCAAUUAUGAUUCUAGACGAACUCAUGCAAAAUUGAUGCCAAUAUACAGCGGUCGAAGAGGGACACCGUGCAUAAAUUGACGUAAACAAGUGUCAAACUCCGCAUUUGUUCAAUUAGGACUUCGAGUCAAGAUCUACGCUUGUUGGCUGGGCUCUUCAGUCCAAGCUAGCGUAUCACUUUUCGGCUAAUAUUACCAACGAAAAACAUUCCGCUCGUUGGCUGGUUCAGUGCAGAGUGCGCAAGCGCAAGUGUGACUUGCGGCUUUGGUGGGAGUACCGGUACAUUCAAGAUUAAUCCUCAGAUUUGGGGAGAGUUGCGUUUCUUUAAUGUUGACAACAGCUACCACUAGUGCGAGUGGUGGUCCACAUGACUUACGCGGGACGAGCAGCAUACGAUACAAGCAAAUCAUUGAAUCCAUGGAUGGAAUAGGCCAGACGGCAUCAGUAGAUACAAUGGAUGAACCCAUAGUCAUCAACGUAUCCGGCAAAAGAUUUGAGACCUAUGAGGAGACAUUGGCACGAUUUCCGGAUACCCUCCUUGGUUGCCCGGCUAGGCGAGCCAAGUUUCUAAACAACAAAAAGGGAGAAUACUUCUUCGAUAGGCACCGGUCUGCCUUUGACGCUAUAUUAUACUAUUAUCAAGCUGGAGGAUCGUUAAUACGGCCAGAACAUGUUCCACCGCAUGUUUUCAUAAAUGAAGUUAUUUUUUACGACCUUCCCGAGGAAGCGUUGCAGAGCGUACAACUCGACGCGGGUAUCGCGGACGAGCCGGAGGAAAAAGUUUUACCUAAGAAUCAAUACUUGCGCUACGUUUGGGAGACCCUAGAGUACCCGGAGUAUUCCAAACUCGCUAAAUUCUUGGCUAUUUUCUCCGUAGUUGUAAUCGUUUUAUCGUUGAUAAUUUUCUGCGUGGAAACGCUUCCAGAGUUCAUGCCGCAAGAGGUUACAAAACCGAAGAAUGCUACAGCGGACUGGAAGCCUCCCAAAGACCCGUACGAGGAAACGUGGUUUCAGCUUAACACAUUUGUAAUAGUAUGGUUUACAGCGGAGUAUAUUCUACGACUUAUAUGUUCGCCAGAGAAGUUGAAGUUCCUUCUCGCGGCGCUGAAUAUUAUCGACUUGCUGUCAAUUCUUCCUUAUUACGUGCAGCUCGCUCUCGACUCUGGUAGUUCGUCCAUCUCUGUGCUUCGUGUUGUUCGUGUGGUGCGUGUUUUCCGAGUAUUCAAGCUUUCGCGGCACUCGCGGGGCCUGCAGAUUCUCGGCAAUACUCUGCGCGCGAGCAUGAACGAGCUCAUGAUGCUCAUGUUUUUCUUGUUCAUCGGAGUGAUGAUUUUCGCUAGCUGUGUGUACUACGCUGAGGGAGGCAUAGAUAGCCCAUUCCGGUCUAUCCCGCACUCCUUCUGGUGGGCUGUUGUCACUAUGACUACGGUCGGAUAUGGGGAUAUUUCUCCCGAAUCUUUUUGGGGGAAAAUUGUCGGUGCGUUAUGUGCCAUCUCUGGCGUAUUGACGAUCGCGUUGCCGGUGCCUGUCAUCGUGUCUAACUUCGAAAACUUCUACAACAAGGAGAUCAACAGACGCAAAGAGGAACAACUGCGGAAAGAGGAAGAGGCGCGCCGACAACAGGAAAAAGAAAGACGAGAAGCCAAGGAGAACGAGUUGUCCCCGAAGCCACGAGGAAUUCUGGUCUGUGGAGUCAAUGGAUGUGACGAACCCGCCACGCCCGUGGCACACACUACUGUUUGAAACAAGCCAAUCACAGCAUUAAGAACACGUGCGAUCGUAUCGUAGGCUGUGAAUAGCUCGCCAAUAUUUGAAAUUCAAGUUUUCGCUCUGAAAACUGGGAGCUCACUUUUUUAUUGCGGGAGAGAAGAUGGCGCGCGCAUGACACCCAUCUGGGUAAGCGGACCUGGAGGCUGCAUAUUAGGGGAGAGAGAUAAGCAGUUAUCUCCGUUCUGGCGCUCACAGGAGUGAGUCCAUGUCAUUUUCUUGAACGAGAUAUUUCUAUCUCUAACACGGCAUGGAUAAAGGGGAAAUUAUGCAUCCCGGCAUGCGUCCUUAGAUAAGAGUUCGUCUUUGUCCUGGCGUGUGGUUUGGAAUGGAUGCAAGGGUCCUUUUGACAAUAUUUUUUAUUACGAUUUUCACGCGAUGGCCUUCGGGCGUCGUAUUUAUUAGGCACUGCAAAAUUGCCAGGUACUCAACAACGAGAAUAAUUUUAUAGCAGUAUUUUAAAAUUUCCUGAAUGCGUGAAAUAGACGAACGGACUCUUGAACUCGUGUGCAAAUGCAUGUGCAAACAUGAAAUCGUGGACACGUGAUCAUACAUGUGCAAACGUGCGUGUUUUGCAGAAUGAUGCGUACAGUAAGAAUAUUAAAGUAGAAGGGACCUGGGUGCAAACAAGCUUGACGAGGAGCUCGAAGUACAGACCAGUUGCAGAUUUGCGACCAUACUUCCCCCGAAAACCCAAAAAAACUGCCAGAGGUCAUCUAUUAACACUCUAUGAUCCAUAGUCCGCAUCGUAUAUGUAGGCUUAAGGCUCAAUAGUAAGAUAUAAGUACAGGAGUACGACUGCGUAGGAAUCACUAAGUGCUGAACGAUAUAGCGGUCAGUUACAGACACCGGACGCCACAAGUCUGUCGUACGGCUGGGCGUAGAACAAUGUAUAAACGAACCAAGAAAAAGCAUCGUCAAAAUGCAACUUUGCACUCAUUUUUUAAUAUCUAGAUCAGGUCGAGAAUCCCUUGUAUUUGACAUUUUGCUACAAAGAAUUUCACCAUUAAUAUCUUAACUUGAAUUUAGCAAGGGAACUGCCUAUUCCUCUUGUUUGCUUCUAAUUCGGAGGUGCAAAUACCUCCAGUUCUAUAACAGCAGCAAACUUGUGGAAACAGGUGUGUCCUAGCAUAAAUACACGCCUAUUGUGGUUAUCGCACCACUGUAUAAUACGGAGCAAGAUCUGGGUAGUCGUCUCCGACAUAAGCACCGUUUAGCUUGACCUCGAAGAUCCAGUGCUUUCUUUCUAGGCUGCGCAAAUAUCACGCCCGAAAGAGCUCUAGGGACCUGUAGAGAGCGACCGCAAAGACCGCUGGGUCUCCGAGCAUGCGCUAAGCUAAGCAUGAGCAGUAAGCUCUUAGAAACCCAAAAGAAGGGGAUCGUUUUUUAUUGCAAAAAAAUUCAAGUAUCAGUACUACAUGCUUGGAAAUUUUCAGAGCAUGAGUACUUGCUUUUGACAGUCACUUAGACGACAGGUUCGUCUGAAGGCGUGUCAGCGGCUUUUUCUUAUAAAACCUGCUCUUUAAAGAGAUUUUCACAUGCGUCAAGAUAGCAGUUGUCUUUUCUGCACAAACAUCGAUGAUCUUUAAUAUUUUACUACAUUUUUUAGAAUUUUAAACAAUUAGAAAGGGGGCUUUGAAUUGGUAGGGAAAUAUUCAUUGAAAGUGCACCACGUACGUGCAUUCCGUCUUUUUCAAUCUUUCUUCUUAUAUACACUACUAACAACCAAUGGAACUGAAGGAUUAAUACAACAAAUAAUAAUUGCUGACGCCGAGAAAAAAACACUUGUUUCUUUUACAGUUGUGAUAUCGGUGUGAGUAAUUGAGUAGUAUCAAUCCUGUCAGAUCUGCCGGGUAAUUAUUAUUCUUAAUAUCCUUUAUUCUCACUCUUUUUUUUUUAAUUGCUAACAUGAAAUCCCACAUAAUAAUUAUAAAAAAAUAACUUUAAUCAACCUUCACUUUAAUAAAAACUGACUAACCAUGUAAUGCUUUUUUUAAAAUUAACUUAUUCAUUUUAUCAAUUUGUGGAUUAUUUGUAUUUCCCCAAAUGUACCCCCUUUCGUUAUUUUUUUUUAUUUAGAAUAAGCCAGUAAAAUGCAAACAUGAUACUGGUAUGUUUUAUACCGAGCUUCGAUACUUUUCCAACUUAUGACUUAGCGUCAUUUUAUUCAGUACUCUGCUCGGGGGAUGAACAACUUGCCACAAUAAAAUUAAUGAAAAAGUCA